AUGAAAUUAUUAUUAUCUUUAAUUUUAUUAUUUACAAUUGCAUUCAAUUGUGGUGAAUCCCUUAAAUUGGGUGUAAAUAAUAAUGUUGAUUUUUCGAAACUUGAAAAUAAAGUUGGCCAACAACAAUGUUUUACAUCAAGUUCUAACUUUCCAACUGGUUAUUCUACUUCAUUUGUCCAAAUAGCUUUUAAUGCAAAUACCCCAACUUCAAACGGAGACAUUACUCAAACUUCUUAUAUGGAAUCUGGUACAGUUGAUAUUGAUUUUGUUGGUGGACAAUUGUAUGUUGAUUUUGAAAUGGAUACUGAAAACUCUGUUACUAAAGGUAAACUUUGGGGUUUCAAUGGAAAUAAUACUCAAUAUGUUAAUAUUGAAUUAAAUGGAAAUGAAUAUUGUUUCUUAGAGACAUUGACAUACUCUAUCCCAGUCUUUGAAAAUUUAAAGUAUGUUAGUGAUGCUGAAAUAGGUUCAGUCGAAUGUGAUUUGUUUAUGUAUCCAAGCAUUUUAGGUAACAGUACAAAUCAAUAUCUCUUUGUUGAUAAAUCCGAUUGUUCAUUGAUCUCUGCAUCUGCUCAAAAUGCUAAUGGUUCACCAAGUGGUAAUUCAUUGACCAACUUUUACUAUUACGAACCAUCUGCUGAUUCAUCAAACUUCCAAUUACCAAGUAUUUGUUUAAAUUCUCCUAUUUUAUCUCAACCAAAAUUAAAAUCAUUACUUAACAAAAUUCCAAAAAUCAACUAA